GUCCUGAGUCAGUCCCCCGGUCCAGAGAAGAACUCCCAGCAUCAGCCAGUGCUGAUGGGACCUGCUUCUCCACGAUGAGUCUUCAAGAUGGCGGCUGUGGCUAUGCUAGCGCCAAUUUGGCGGCUAACGCGGCCAGCGGCAGCAUGCGGCGGCGCCUGGAGGACCAGGAGUUCACCCUGCGCGUCUACCCAGGCGCCCUGGCCGAAGGCACCAUCUACUGCCCCGUGGGCGCCCGCAAGAGCACCACGGCUGCCGAGGCCAUCGAGCGCCUGCUGGAGCGUCUGAGCCUGGACCGUACCAAAUGCUACGUGCUAGCCGAGGUGAAGGAGUUCGGCGGGGAGGAGUGGAUCCUCAACCCCAGUGACUGCCCCGUCCAGCGGAUGAUGCUGUGGCCCCGCAACGCCCUAGAGAACCGCUGUGGCCUGGGCAGUGGGGAGGACUACCGCUUCCUGCUCCGAGAGAAGAACCUGGACGGCUCCAUCCAUUAUGGAGGGAGUCUCCAGAUGUGGCUGCGCGUGACCGAGGAGCGCCGCCGCCUGGUGGAACGGGGUUUUCUGCCCCAGCCAGCAGGGGGUGAGCACCCGGCCGACCUGUGCGCUCUCCCUGAGCUGACGGAGCGCGCYCUGCUGGAGAGCCUCCGCUCACGCUUCCGUCAGGAGAAGAUCUACACCUACGUAGGCUCCAUCCUCAUCGUCAUUAACCCYUUCCAGUUCCUMCCCAUCUAUAACCCCAAGUACGUCAAGAUGUACGACAACCACGCUCUGGGAGACAUGGAGCCGCACAUCUACGCCGUGGCGGACGUGGCCUACCACGCCAUGCUGCAGCGGCGGAGGAACCAGUGCAUCGUCAUCUCUGGGGAGAGCGGCUCGGGAAAGACCCAGAGCACCAACUUCCUGAUUCAUCACCUGACCGCCCUCAGCCAGAAGGGAUUUGCCAGUGGGGUGGAGCAGAUAAUCCUGGGGGCGGGGCCUGUGUUAGAGGUAAGGUUGUGA